AGAGAGAGAAAGUUUGAGUAAAGGCAAACAAAGAAGGAAAAAAAAAAAAAAAAAACAAACAACACACCCUGCGAACACAAACGAAAAAGGAAGGGGGAAACUCUGAGCGAGGAACAAAUUUUUUUUUUUCUUCCUAAAACCACUUUUCAGAGGGGGCCAAAUAUCACGAGAGAUUGCAAUAGCGAGCUUUCCAUGGCUGACAUUGGCGCCAACUCCCUUCUCUUUUAGGUCAAUUUUUAUUGAUUGUGUGUGUGCGGGAACAAAGGCGGGGGAGGGAACGAAACGAAGGAGGGGGAAAAAAAAACCCUAGGUGAGAGAAACAAGUGUCAACGCACGAGCGGGGGGGAACGACGAGGUUUCGAAUUUGCCCCACUGGCGUUCUCUAAGCUUCUUCGAAGCUUUCGCAAUUCAGUUAUCUGAAGCAAUGAUAGAGGAACCCUGUUAGCCCGUGAGUUAGUAAUGCAUGGAUGUGACUCGCGGUCUGAUUUCCUAGUAAAUGCUGAGGUUGAUUCCAUGGGAGGGGUUGUUGACGGCGGAGUUGGUAUUGGCAUCAAAACCUCUCCACGCAGAGCAGCGAUUGAAAAGGCUCAGGCAGAGCUUAGACAGGAGUAUGAUGUUCGCGAGGAAAGGAGAAGGGAGCUUGAAUUCCUUGAGAAAGGUGGCAAUCCUUUGGACUUCAAAUUUGGCAAUGCUACGUCAGUUAGUGUCCAAUCCACAUCAUUCACUGAUCAUCAGGCAGAACAUGUUGUGACUAGCAAAGCUAAAGGUAGCUUCGCUUUGACUGCAUCACCCCAUGGGGAUUCUGUUGAAAGUAGCGGCCGACCUGGGCCUACGGCAGUUUGCGAACCUAACAGUGCUGAUAAUUUUGAUGGUCAAAAUGAUUUACUUGGAGGUGAACGAAACCGUAGGCAUCUCAGCAGAAGGAAUAGUGUUGCCCCGUCUCAGCAGUCAUCUCAAAUGGAAGGAGCUCAGAAUGCAAAGGAGUCUGAAGAUUCUGCUAUAGUUCGUCCAUAUGCUAGAAGGAAUAGGUCUAGGCCAAAUCGAGAUGGUGGUAGAUCAAGUUCUGGUGAUGUGGUUCAGAGUUCUGGUGUCCAUGGAUCUUCCUUUCCCAGGGGAUCUAGGAAUCUUAAGUUCAUAUCUGAGUCAAACAAUCAGAAAGACAAUACAGUCCCCUCUGAUUGUAAACCCAAACCUACAACUUCAAACGGGGAAAUGAUCCCUCAAAUGGCAGAAGUGCUGGCUCUGCAGGCAACUGAUGCACCUAAAAGCAGUCCGGUGGAUAAAUUGGAUGCAAGAGAGUCUAAUAUCAUGAAAGAUAAAGAAAAAGAUCAACCUGUUGGAGGUGAUACUCAGAAACAACCAACUGAUGAUACUAUCAGGAUACGUGAUGAAAAUGUAGGAAAUGAACAAGUGGUUUCAGUUGGUCUCGAGUCUUCACCUCGUGUAGUUGUUGAUAGAUCAGAGGUUGAAGCUGGUUCUACUCUUUUGAAUGACUUCAGUGCCCAGAAGGAAAAUGACAAUGUUAGGCAAAAUGAUGUUGCCACUAAAGUGAUCAAGGGAUUAGAUUCAGAUUCCUCUUGCACCCCAAGUAGCCUUAGCGUAGAUGUAAAUAAAGGAAGCAGUUUGUGUAUUAACCGUAGGGAGGAGGACGCUAACAAAGUUAUUUUGAAACAAGCAGCAGAAAUUGAAGGAACACAGAACUCAGCUGCCGCUGAAACUGGGAAAGAAAGGGAUGUUAGUGUUGCUAUAGAGAAUUAUGCUUCUGGUGAUGCUGGCAUCAACUCUACGUCUGAAAAUGCUUCUGCUAAUGGUGUGGCAGCAAAAAUAGAAGAUACGGAAAAGUCUCCUGGUCCUCAGAGUGAGGCUAAGUGCACCCCAAGUCUUGAAGAAACACAUCAAAAUGAGAUAGCUGCACCUGUGAGCAUUGAAAAUGCUGUUACAUCAUUGGAUAAUGAGUUGAUCCCCGGCAGGGUAAAUGCUAGCCAUUGUGCAAUGGAGAACCCUUCAGAUCUCUCCUUGCAGCAGGAGCAACUGAAAUCUCAAUUGCCGGAAAAUAGUUCUGCCGCUGCUGCUGAACCUCAUUCUUGUUCUGACAUCAAGAUAGACAGGGCCCGUGAAGAUUCUAUUUUGGAAGAGGCGCGGAGUAUAGAGGCUAAGAGAAAGAGGAUUGCCGAGUUAUCUCUUGGAGUAGCACAGGUGGAGUCUCGGAAAAAGUCUCACUGGGAUUUUGUCCUUGAAGAAAUGAGAUGGUUGGCUAAUGAUUUUGCACAGGAGCGUCUUUGGAAGAUGACUGCUGCUGCACAAAUAUGCCGGCGUGUAGCACUUACUUCUCGGUUGAGAGUGGAGGAACAAAAUCAGUGUUUGAAGCUGAAAAAAGUCUCCUACAUUCUGGCCAAAGCUGUGACGCAGUUCUGGCAGUCGGCGGAACUGCUUCUGUGUUCUGAUAAAAGUCAUGGUCCAACUACAGAUAUUAACGAGAACAAACCUGCUGCUGGGAAGGAUUCAUGCAAAGAUUUUGAGCAACAAAGUCCCAGAAAGAAUGAUGUUAAGGGAUAUGCUGUUAGAUUUUUGAAAUUUAACAGCUUUCCAGUUCCUGCAAUUCAAGCAGAACAGCCUGCAACUCCGGAUCUUGUAAGCGAUGCUGGAGUUAUGGAAGUUUCGUGGGAUGAUCACUUGACUGAAGAGAGCUUGUUCUAUGCCGUCCCUUCUGGUGCAAUGGACUCCUACAGAAGCUCAAUUGAAUCACACUUAGUUCAGUUUGAGAAAACAGGCAGCAGCAUGCAAGAGGAAGGUGAUACAUCCAUGGUUGAUGCUGGUGCAGACUUUGGAUAUCCUGAGAAUGGAUAUGAUGAGGAUGAAGGUGAAACUAGUACAUAUUAUUUGCAUGGAGCAUUUGAAAGUAGCAGGCCAAGAAAACAUGAUCAAAAGAAAAGGAAACACUCUCUGAAGUCAUUCCCAUCAAGAUCUUAUGAAGUGGGAACUGAUGUGCCAUAUGGAACUGUGGGUUCUCAAAAUACAUUGAUGGGGAAACGGCCUGCUAGUAACCUUGGCCCAAUUCCACCUAAGCGUAUGCGCACUGCUUCUCGGCAGAGGGUUAUUAGUCCUUUUAGCACUGGUGUUCCUGCAGGUCCAUCUGCUCCGGCAAAGACAGAUGCUUCAAGCGGAGAUACAAGUUCUUUUCAGGAUGAUCAAAGCACCUUGCAUGGUGGUUCACAAAUCCAAAAAGGCAUGGAGGUUGAUUCUGUUGGCGAGUUUGAGAAACAUCUCUCUUAUGAUUGCUCAGAUAUUACGACUAAGCCAAAGAAGAAGAAGAAGGCUAGGCAUCUGGGUUCUGCUUAUGAGCAGAGUUGGCAACACGAUUCAACCACUCUUGUUGAACAGAGAGAGCACCAGAAAAGGCGACUGGAGAAUCAUCAUUUUGAUUCUAACGGAAAUAGUGGUUUAUAUGGGCAACACACUUGGAAAAAGCCAAAGAUGCUGAAGCAAUCGCUAGAUGCCUUUGACAAUGUAGCUCCAUCCACUGGGUCGAUUCCUUCCCCAGCAGCAUCCCAGAUGAGUAAUAUGCCCAACACAAAUAGGUUUAUGAGACUGAUCAAUGGCAGGGACAGGGGAAGGAAACCCAAGUCACUUAAGGUUUCUGCUGGCCAACCUGGUUCUGGAAGUCCGUGGUCCCUCUUUGAGGAUCAGGCACUUGUAGUCCUUGUGCAUGAUAUGGGUCCUAAUUGGGAGCUUGUAAGCGAUGCUAUCAAUAGCACUCUUCAUUUUAAGGGUAGCGCUCGACAGUUGUUUCAACGGUUGCAGGGACCGAUGGAAGAGGAUACUCUCAAGUCCCAUUUUGAAAAGAUUAUUAUGAUCGGCAAGAAGCUGCAUUAUAGGAGGAGUCAGAAUGAUACCCAAGAUCCUAAGCAAAUACCAGUUCACAAUUCUCAUGUGAUUGCUCUUUCCCAAGUCUGCCCAAAUAACCUAAAUGGAAGCAUCCUAACGCCUAUUGAGCUAUGUGAUAUGAAUCCUUCAAGUCCAGACAUCCUUGGGUAUCAAGGGUCUCAUGCUGGUGUUUUGCCAAUGCCAAGUCAAGGUGUUGUAGGAUCAACGCUUCCUGCUUCUGGUGUUAAUCCUAGUGUGCAAGGGUCCUCAGGCAUUGCUCUAAGUAAUAGUACAUCAUCACCAUCUCCAUCUGGAUCGCUCCCUGCUUCUGCUAGGGAUGGCAGAUUCAGUGCUCCAAGAACGUCUUUACAUGCUCACGAGCACCCGAGAAUGCAACACUAUAACCAAAUGUUGUCAGGAAGAAACGUGCAGCAGUCUAAUCUGUCUGUUUCGGGCCCUCUACCUGGCGGAAAUGGUAUGGGUAUGAUGCCUGGAUUGAAUAGAAACAUGCCAUUGUCGAGGCCUGGUUUUCAGGGAAGCCCUUCACCGGUAUCAAAUUCUAGUAAUAUGCUUUCCUCUAGUGCGGGUGGGCUUCCAGGUGGAGUAAAUAUGCACUCUGGAACCGGGUCAGGCCAAGCAAACUCAUUGAUGAGACCACGCGAGCCAUUGCAUUUGAUGCGGACAUAUUCUUCAGGCCAUCCUCAGCCACAGCACCAAAUGUCUCCUCAACAGUCUCAUGUGCUAGGAAAUCCUCGUCUUACAGGACCAAACCAUGCAACGCCUUCACCUCAGCAAGCAUAUGCAAUCCGUGUUGCUAAAGAAAGGCAGAUGCAGCAGCGAUUUCUUCAACAACAGCAGCAGCAGCCGUUUACUGCAUCUGGCACCCUCAUGCCACAUGUCCAACCUCAACCGCAGCUUCCCAUGUCACUGCCAAUGCAAAACACUCCCCAGAUUCCGCCGCAAACAUCACCGCAGCAAGUUCCAUUGACGCAGUCAUCCCCGAUGUCAGUGCAGCAGCAGAAAGUCAACCUAACCACCCAUCAUGGGGUGAACAGAAACCCGCAGGUUGUUUCUAGUAAUCAGACGGGUAAGCAACGGCAGCGGCAGCAGCAGCAACAAUUCCAACAACCUGGCCGUGGUCAUCCCCAGCAGCGACCACAUCAGCAGUCUCAAUCUUCACAACAGAAGCAUGUAAAAGGCGUAGGUAGAGGGAACAUGAUUGUCCAUCAGAACCUCCCUGCUGAUCAUUCUCAGAUGAAUGGCGUUUCCAUGGCCACGGGAAACAAAGGGGCAGAGAAAGGUGAUCAAAUUAUGCAGCAUUUGAUGCAAAGUGGUCAAGGUUUGUAUUCUGGUUCUGGAUUAGCACCACCACAACCAUCGUCGAAGGCACAAUCAUCAUCUAAGGCAGGAGUGUCACCUCAAUCCUUGAACCAUCUACAGCCUCAGCAAAAGCAAUUUUCUGGCUCAUUACAGCACUCGUCAAAACAGCUACAUCAGAUGCCCCCUUCUCAUUCUGAUAGCAGCUGUCAAGGACAGGUUCCGUCAGCUGGUCAUGCACAAACAGGCUCUCACCAAGCUGCUACGUCACCUGUGAGCAGUUUAAACCAGCAGCAACACCAAAAGCAGCAGGUUAAUCAAUCUCAAUCGACAGUUCAGAGGAUGCUUCAACAGAAUCGUCAGAAGAAUUCAGGUUCACCAACCAAGUCACUAACCGAUAAGCACGAUCAACUGCUACCGAACACUGCUCCACAGAUGGGUACGAGCGCGACCCCAUCCAUGCCUGUGGUCAGUAAUGAUCCUGCUAAUGUUGUUUUGGUUGGUACUUCUGGUGUUCCAGCACCAUGGAAGGUGUCUGAACCUGCUUCCCAAGUGGGUUCUAUAGGGAGCCCGCCUCUUCAAAAAAUAGCUGCUAGCGAGCCAGUGGCCUCUGCCAGCCAAGGUUUAGGACGACAGUUGUCUGGAGGUUUGUCCCAACAGGGGCAAGAUCCUGCGGCUAAGUGGCAGCAGCAACCACAACCACAAUUCCAACAGUCAACAGCACCACCUACUCCAUCUCAACAGAUACUGCAGCCACAGGAGCAACCACUAGCGCAGCAAGAACAACAUUCACCGCAGUUACAGCAGCCACCCGUGCAACAACAAUCUGAGCAACAGUCACAUCUUCAGACGGCGCAAGGCGGUUUGUAUAGUAGGCCGACCAAUGCUAAGCUGGAAUGAAAGGUCUUGUUGGAAGUAAGUAGUUCCAGUAGCCGGUGGCACUGCUGGGGUUUGCAUGCCCUUAGAGCAGCAUUGUACAGGUACAUUCCCUCAUACAAUGAAGCUGGUACCUGGAAGGGCAUUGCAAAGCAGGGGAAACGAUUUUUGUUCACCUUGACGUUGUUCGCUCAUUGCAGGCCCAUUUUUAUUGUGUCUUUUUUGACAUUUUCCCCAAAAAGUGUGGGGGGAAUUCCAUGUAAAUUACCACUGGGGGGGCUAGAGAAAUGAGGGGAAGAAGAAGAUGGAGGCAAAUAUAGAGAGGUAUGUGUACAGUGUCUUGGUCUCUCCAUUCCUUUUCUCUUGUAUCUCUCCCCCUGCCUUUUUUGGCUGGUUUCUCUGCUUUGUCCUGAAUGCGCAGAGGGGGGCAGGCUGCCGUUUUUUUUGUUAACCUUACGUUAAUUAGUGGACUUUCUUCCAGGUAGGUUAGUAAUAGCCAUCAUGUAUUAUUACUAAUGAUUCAAACAGUUGAGAAUUAAGUUGGUAGUGAUCAAUUCUCAAUGGGCAGAGAAAAAGAAGAGCCUUUGGUAAGAAAGAAGAUGAGCUUUGUGGAUAAAGGAGGAUCUGUUAAAUGUUUGUUUGUACAACAGAAACCAAGCCAUCCAUGAUAGCAGUAGAGUUAUGGGUCUUUCUAACAGGAAAACCAUUAUGUUAUGCUUCUAAUUAUGGGAGUUCAGUAAUCAGUUAGUAUUGACCUGUCAUUCAGUAAACCCAUUAAUUAUGGUUAAGUUGUGCAAACUAUAUAUGAAUUUCGGCAUCGUUUCGAUAGAUUUAGGUAGGGUGUGUCAACUGCUUCGGUUGAAUCUGGAAUGUUUUUGUCCAUUGUUUUUCAGAUGUUUUUAGCUACGUAUAAAUAUGUG